CUAAGCAAACAAAAGUCCACUCGAGUUGCUCAGCGUCUUGGGUAUUUUUAUGUACCCGAACGAUUAAAAUUGGCGUAUCUUACUUCGAGUUACAACAAGGACAUGUUGGAAAACAUUGAAUAUAUGUUCCCGACUCUUAAAGAAGAAUUAAACAUAAGUAACUACGUGAGUCGCUUUCAAACACUCUUAUAUUUCGAAGAGAUUGAGUGUUUUGUCAAUUUUCGAAUGUAUGACCGUGAACGAGCGCAUUUCACACGUGAGAAAGAAUAUUUAGCUCUGACCAUAGAAAAUGAAAACCUUUCCGAAUGUCGUCCUUCGUUGCUAAUUGGAGACAUUAUCGAAGCGAAAGACCCCUCCGUCGAAACUGAAAAUGCCGAACACACAUAUGAAGGAGUGAUUCACAAGGUGCUUUUCAAUCGCAUUCUGUUUAAAUUCGAUGCCAACUUUCAGCAAAAAUAUAAUGGCGAAGAAUAUCGUUUAAAAUUUUACUUCUCCCGGUAUGGCUACCGGAAACAGCACCACGUCGUCUUACGAGCGGUUAAGAAAUUAGGCGAACAGUUCUUGUUUCCAUCCGGAGCACAGACGCGUGGAUGCCGACAAUUGGAUAUACGGGUAGAUGAUGAGGAAAACCUCUUGUUAGGCAGUUACCAGUGUAAAUGGCACAAUUGCACACUGAACUCUAUACAGAAAAAAGCCAUAGCAAAUAUACUACGAGGAGAAGUUUACAAUAUGCCAUACGUGAUUUUCGGACCCCGCACAGGAAAAACUGUAACGCUAGUGGAGACCAUUUUGCAAAUUUUUAAACUGAUACCCAGUGCACAUCUACUUGUAGGCACACCUUCUAAUAGUUCUGCUGAUUUAAUAACAACGCGUUUGAUUGAAUCCGAUGUACUCAAAAUGGGUGAGUUUAUACGUCUAAUGUCCCAUAAUCAAUCCGAAAAAGAGCUUAUACCAGAGUAUUUGAUGCCAUAUUGCGCCACAGGCGACAAAUAUUGGGAUACUGGCAUAGAUGGCACCUAUAAACAUGAUAUGAUUGUGACUAAGUCCGGACUCAAAGUAAGAUGUCAAAGGAAGUUUUUACGGCACCAUCGAGUAAUAAUUGGUACUUGCGAUACACUUGGAAAUUUUUUGCAAAUGGGCUUUCCACCGCACCAUUUCACACAUGUAAUAAUCGAUGACGCCGACCAGUGUACAGAACCUGAAAUUAUGGUUGCUGUUGCUCAAGCAUCAAAAGAGCAAUGCCAGGUAAUCCUUGCUGGAGAUCCCCAUCAAUUCCAACCAAUCGUUAUAAACAAAUAUGCUCGUGGACGCGGUUUAUCCACAUCA